AUGGUACCGAAAAAGAGAAAUCAUUCUGACUUAGAUGAGCAUGUGAAAAUGCCAGAUAAGAUGCAUCACGUUGAAUUUCUUGAAAAUAUAUCUAUGAACUUUCAGCAAAUAUCCCCCAAAUUAACACUGACCAAUAAUAUUCCAAAUUCUAGCUCAAAUACAAAGAAAAAACGGCCAUCAAGUUCUGUUUCGUUGCUUACCCCUGAACAAAGAAAAGAGAAUCAUAUAAAUUCGGAAAAUAGAAGACGUGCUCAGAUCAGAUCUUGCUUCGAUGAACUUGUCAAAAUCGUGCCCGAUAUUGAUUCUACUGAGAAUAGGUCAGAGUUGACAAUACUGACGAAGACUGCAAAUUAUAUAGAACGGUUACGAUCGGAAAAUGCACAAUUAGAGAAGCUCCGAAAAGGCCAUGAUUCUUAA